GCAACCCAGACACUCAAUGCCCGAUUGCUGGACCUGGAAAACACUGUAUCAGGACCAACUGCUGGGGCUUCCAGCAGUGCACCCUCUAGCCGCCAACUGGAGGACCGCGUUGACCACGUAGUGGCAAUGCUCGGCGACAUCAGCACUUUCACUGCGCCGACCACCACCAUCAGCAAUCAACUGCUUACAUUGAAGACCGAGGUCCWGAAGCUGCAGUCGACGAACGUGGACGACAAUCCGAAGAUGUACAAGAUGCCAACUUUCAACCUGGAGAGGUUCGACGACUACACGCAGCAGGAUCCGGUCCUCUGUUGGGAAGCAUUCACAACGCAACUCAGGAUUCUGCGCGUAGCCAAGCAUGCGUACAUCGGCGCCCUGUUCCUGAACUCAAAGGGCGGAUCCCAGACCUGGCUGAGCCACUUGGCAACCUCCCACGGCGUCGACGUACCAGACUUCAAGGACGUAAUCACAUGGGAGGAACUGACACGGCUGUGGAAGAAGCGGUUCAUCGUCGAUGACGCGCCGACACUCGCCAUCAACCGUUUGUUCACCAUGUCACCGGGCAACACAGCAACACGGGACUGGCUCACGGAGUGGCAGAAGAUUGUGGCAUUGCCCAAUCUGAACUUACCAUUCGAGCAUCUACGCCGUGAGUUCUACAAUAGGUCCUGUGCUGUAUUGAGCCAGGCUCUUGGUGAUCGCGAGCAGUAUGCCACCUUCGCCAAGAUUAUCGACAAGGCGCGAGAGAUCAUCAAGACCAACAUGUCAGCUGCACACGAGAAAUCAGCAUGGCAGCCGACCUAUGUGGAGAAGGUACGAACUGGUCCGCGACAGCAGCACUUCGCUGCAGUCCAACAGGACAGUGGAGAUAACCCAGCAGCCACUCCAGCAUCAAGUGACGGAGAUCAGGUGGCUGUUGUCCAGCCGCGAAGCAACAACAAGUCCUGCAACAAUGGGAAGGCGAAAUCCGCAUUGCAGGCCAGAAAUGGACAGCCAAGACAAUUUCCAUGGGUCAAGUUUGGCUUGACCGAGGCGGAGUACAAGCUCGGGAAACUGAGCUCUACGGAAGGUGAGGCGACUCCACCUUUUACUCCGCCAGAUUCGGCCGCCUUGCUAGCGGUCUCCUGCACAUCUGGGGAGGAUGCGAAUGUCGCAAGUCCUCGGUAUACUUACGAGGAUUAUGCUGUCCACUUGGUUCCACCGCUGGACCAACCGCUCCACGUGCAACAGUCCACCGCAUGCACGGUUUCAUCACCAUCGGCAACCGAUUCGGCAGCUUCGCCGCAAUCUAUCGUCGGGGAUUCGACGUCAUGGUCAAGACUUGAAGAGCUCGACCCGUUGACGUUCACGGACCUUCAGUGGAUGUCCGUUCCCUCGACCGGACGAUUGCCGAAACCGCAUUGCAAUGUGCUCAUGGCACAACUGUGGGACUACUUGCACACUGCAGUACUAGCUCCGUUGAUGGACGCCGUAGCAGAGGUUGUUGACCUUCACGUUUACAUCGCGAAGAUCGACGGCGAGUUCAAGACGCAAUGGUACGACGACAUCGACGCACCAUUGCUAUACGUACGCAUUCAGAUCGGAGAGGCGACCUGCAGUGCCUUGAUCGAUUGCGGAGCAUCUCGCAACUACACCAACCAGGACUUCAUGGUGCGCGCCGGCCUUGGCCCACGUGUCCGGAGGAAGUCCCAGCCUACGCAAGUCACGUUGGCAGACGGUCAUACGCAUAAGUCAAUCGACCGGUGCAUUGACGCCGUCCCCGUGUACUUUGCCCCUCACGCAAGUGAGGCGGUGUCCUUUGAUAUUCUGGACACCAAAUUCGACAUGAUCUUGGGCAUGUCAUGGCUGCGAAGUGAGGAUCACCCGGUGAACUUCUUCAACCGCACCGUUCACAUUCGUGAUCGGAAUGGAGUACUAAAUCCAUGGACGGUGCCUCUUCCUCAUCCUUCCAUCAGCUGCCACGUGGUAUCCGCCGCAAGCAUGCGAGCAUCCAUCAUCAAAGAUGACAUCGAGGAGAUGGGGGUAUGUUUUCUCCACGCCCUCCCGACCCGAGACGCUUCAUCGACGGACUCAUCUUCGGAUCCACGCAUCACCGAACUUCUCGACGCUUACAGCGACGUGUUCGAAGGCCCGCACGGAGUAGUACCGGAUCGACCCAUCCGCCACGAGAUCAUCCUCGAGGACGGGGCCGUACCUCCGCGCGGUUGCAUCUACCGAAUGAGCGAGGAAGAGUUAAGUGUGCUUCGGGCACAACUCGACGACCUUCURGAGAAAGGCUGGAUUCGGCCUAGCUCAUCGCCAUACGGUGGUCCUGUUCUCUUCGUCCGGAAGAAGAACAAGGACCUGCGGUUGUGCAUCGAUUAUCGCAAGCUCAACGCGGAGACGAUUAGGAAUGCCGGCCCUCUCCCACGCAUCGAUGACCUUCUCGAGCGAUUGGGCGGCGCUUAGUUCUUCUCUAAGCUGGAUCUCAAGUCAGGGUACCACCAACUCGAGAUUGGCAAGGAGGAUCGCUACAAGACCGCGA